AUGUACAGUAGGAAAGCCUGGGGCGGAAGUAUAGAGCCCUUCAUCAUGGUCAAGUUCCUCGACCCGGAGAAGGAGGAAGACAAGCCCAAGGUCGACGAUCCCAUAGUCUCCGUCGUCAUCUGGGAAUGGAAAGAUUUCGACCUGCUGGGCAAACCGGCCGACCUCCCUAUCGAAGAUCGCCAGUAUAUCUGCAACGACGAUAACAUCAACGCAAAUAUCUGCAAUGCCACCCAUAAAGGCGAGUGGAUCCUCCAAGACGACGCCGAGGCGCGUUCGAAGAACUACAUUCGUACAUCCGCGAUCCACCUCAACCAAAAGCAGUUGAUAAAUUAUCCUUUUGCGUCGGCUGGAGAAAAGAGGAUGCCUUUGAAGACCGGAUAUUAUUGCGUCGCCACGCAGCCGUAUACAAAGGACUUGAAGUAUAGAGCUGUUGUCACCUUCCAGAACGCAUACGGAGAGCUCCCGGCGGCCCAAAUUGCGAAAUUGCCUUUUUAUGGCGGCAUCACGAUAGUCUAUGCUGUCAUUGGCAUCUUCUGGGGGUUCCUCUAUGUCCAACACAGACACGAUAUCCUGGCGGUACAAAACUACAUUACAGCCAUCAUUGCGUUCUUGGUCUUGGAGAUGCUCAUGACCUGGGGCUUCUAUGACUACCAGAACAGACACGGGAACAACGUCGGAGCCAAAGUGCUGAUGAUUAUUGUUGCGGUGCUUAACGCUUUUAGGAAUUCCUUCUCCUUCUUCCUUCUCCUGAUUGUAUGCAUGGGGUAUGGAGUUGUUAAGCCCUCGCUCGGAAAGACGAUGACGGUUGUGCGAUGGCUUGCAGUCGCGCAUUUCGUCUUUGGAGUGAUUUACGCUAUAGCCUCGCUCACUGUUAAGCCCGAUGAUGCAGGCCCACUCGUUCUCCUGGUCAUCCUCCCACUGUCUGCCACCCUCACAGCAUUCUACAUCUGGACCUUAAACUCUCUCAAUCUCACAAUGAAGGAUCUGGUGGAGCGCAAACAGCAUGUCAAGGCCGACAUGUACAAGAAACUGUGGUGGUGUAUCUUGACGAGUAUCAUUGUCAUCUUCGGUUUCUUCUUCAUUAACAGCUUCACCUUCGCCGGCACAUCGAGCCCAGAGUUUGCGCCGACGCACUGGCAGACACGAUGGUUCGUUCUCGACGGAUGGCUGAAUCUGGUGUACCUUGCCGAUGUGUGCUUUGUGGCAUACAUGUGGCGGCCAACUGCAAAUAACAGACGAUUCGCUAUGAGCGAUGAAAUCGCCCAAGACGACGAAGGGUUCGAAAUCGCGUCACUACGUGAUUCAUUGGACUCGGAACAAGGCCGAUCGGAUCAUCCUCCGGCGUAUGAUCCUGCUCCCCGCCCAAAGAGUCCAAGUGGCCCUUCCUUCGACCGUCAUGCGUCUCCCCUUCCAGCACCUAGGGCACAAAAACCCGUCGUGCCCCCCCGGGAGUCCAUGGAUGGCGAAACUAUCUUCGCAGUGGGGGAGGAUGAUAAGUGGAGUGAUGACGAGGUGGAGCCUGCGUCACCGUCCAAUAGCGAUGAGCGCGCGAGAUUGACUUCACGAAAGGACGAUUAG